UGGGGACUGUGUGUGAACUGCCCUGAAAGGCGGGUGGAUGGUGCCUGGGCAGGAGCUACUCUUCGUCCUGCUGCUGCUGUCAGUCCUGUGGUAAUCCCGGUGGGAGACAGAAAGUGACUCCUUCAGUCCCUGAGUCUGCUACAGAGUGAUUGUGCAAUGCCUUGAUCUUAGAGUAAUUUAGGUAAAUUUAGCGUUCUUCACCGUGCAAGUGACCCUUCCCCGGCCCUUGGGGAGCCGGGACGGGGGGCAGAGUGUUCGAUCACAGACGGAUGAGGGGGAGCGGGUUGUUUUGAGGCCUGGAAAGGAGAUUCCGUGUUAGCAUCGACUGCGCUCUCUCCCCGCCCGCUGCCGCCGGGGGGCCGAACCGUUUCUCCGGGGCGGGGCCGGACGGCGAAAGCGAAAGCGGAAGGGCCGUCGGAGCGCGAGGUCCCGCCGCGGAGAUGUCCUCGGGGGAGCAGAUGAGGGGCCGAGCACCCGGCACCGGCGGAGCGGGGACCGGGGAAGCGGGGCCGGCCCCGGAAGGCAGGGAAUGCAGCGUGGCUGAGGACCCCUCUUCCCUCCAAGACUCCUUCGUCUAUCUGCCCCUCCCCGAGGCUCCGGAGCGGGCGGUUCCCGAGCUGACCGCCGAGCAAGUUCGGCAGGAGAUCGAGCGCUGCAAGGAGCGGUGUAGCACCCUGGAGCAAGACUGUGCCAAGCUAAAAACUGCCAAGGAAGCCGUAGAGAUGAGGAAGAUGGGAGAACUUCAGAAAAGUCUUCAGCAACAGAUGUCUUUAACCAGAGAUGAGGAGAUAUCCUUCCAGAUGGACAUUCUUUUAGCAAAGGAGAAGAAGGACAGACUGAGGCAGGAGAAGCAGGUGUUGAAAAAGAAACUGGAAGAAGUGAGGAAGAGAGUCCCCUGGGAUGAUCCGGUGAUGCUGCUGCCUGCCUUGCCAGAGAAGAAAAUGGUGUUUAAGGGACUUGUGACAAACAAGGAGGACAUCAACAAGCUGUUUCUCACUCCAUUGAUCCACUACCCUCUGCUGGGGGGCUCAGCGCUCAUCACCUUUGAGAAAGCAGAGGUAGCCCAGAGUAUCAUAGAGGCGAAGGAGCACAUGGUGGAGCUGAGCUAUGGGGAGGAGCUGGAUGAGCUCGACCGGUGCAGAGUGCGAGUACAAGCAGCGCCUGUGGACAUGCUGCUGCCAUCUGCCCUGGAGGUCAGGCUGACACAGAGCAGCAGGAGUAUUAUCCUGUCUGGCCUGCCCAGCCUGGAAAUACCUGAGGAGGCACUGCUGGACAAGUUGGAGCUCUUCUUCAGCAAGACGAAGAAUGGUGGUGGCGAGGUGGAGAGCAGGGAGUUCCUGGAGGACUCAGGCCAGGUGGUGAUGACCUUCGUGCAGGAGGGAGUGGCAGGGCCACUAAUUGCAAGAGGACACAUCCAGGCACUUAUUGGGAAAGGAAAAUAUGAGCUCAAAAUAUCACCGUGUGUGAGUGGAGACAUCACUAACCUGAAGCUCCAGCCCUCCCGCUGCCCCAGGACUGUCCUGCUCUCGGGGAUCCCAGAUGUGCUGGAUGAAGAGCCCAUGAGGGACACCCUGGAGAUCCACUUCCAGAAAACCAGCCAUGGGGGGGGAGAGGUGGACGCCCUUGCCUAUGUCCCAGUGGGGCGACAAGGAGUGGCUGUUUUCAUGGAGGACGCGGGCUAGCCCUGGCCCAGCCCUGGAGUCUGCCGCUGGCCCCCGGCACAGCGGGAAUUAAAGCGUCUGCAGUGA